CUUUAUCCUUAUCUACUUAUCCAUUCAACUCUGCUCCAUUUUCCGAUUGACUGAAACAAAGGCUAGUGUCAAUGGAAGUGAUUUCUUCGACGUUGAAUCCAAAUGCUCCGGUAUUCGUGCCAUUGGCGUAUCGGAUGGUGGAGGAUUUCUCAGAGCAAUGGUGGUCCCUUGUCCACUCCUCCCCCUGUUUCCGCGACUAUUGGCUCCGGGAACGCUUCUCCGAUCCCGUUGAUGACGACGAACCUGCCCUUCCCGACGAUCUUGACGACGAUAACUUCUUUCUUGAUUCCAAGGAUGAAGAGAAGGAGAGAGAUUGUUACAAGGAAUUGAUACCCAUUGGUGCACUGCAGUGGCGAAGGGGUCGAACAAUGGUGGAAUCGCCGCGGUAUGUGGAGAAGGCGCCGAAGAUUGUGAAUGUGAAAGUGAGUCCAAAGACGAUUCAACAGCCGAGGUAGACUCAAACUCGGUGUCCUUGAAUCAACACCUUGCGGGGUUUCUUUGUAGAGAUCCUCCGGUUUAGUUGCAGUUUAUUCAAGUGUCAUUUUUCUUACCUUUUUUUCUUUUUUUCUUUUUUUUUUUAUUUUCUCCCUCUUGUAGCAAUUUUUACGUUUUUGUACAUAAGAGUUGGAAAGCAGGAAGGUUGUAAUUUUCUACUUGAUAAAUGAAAAAAUAAAGAAAAUUUAACCUU